AUGGACUAUGAUAUAGAUUACGAGAGGUUUGUGUUCCAUGGCGAGUUCCAGCGAGUACAGCCUCAAACUAGCGUGGAGCCACUUCUGGUCGAUCACUGGGUCGUGUGGGUUCUGCCUAAACAAUCGCCUGUUGUCAAUAAUAUAAUCAAGAAUGAGUUCAAAGACACAGCUGCGAGUUUGCGACACUUGAAACGAUUUGUCAAGACCCAAUCCGAGGAAAAAGACUGGCUGAGGGUUCUUCUUUGCUCAUGUGAGCUGAUUUCCAAAACCGACCUGGAAAACAUACUUUUUGGGCCUCUUGAGAAAAACACUAUAGAAAGAGUGAAAAUUCCAUUAAAUAAGCCAUUUGACAAAGAUCUAAACACACAGUGGUCCUCCAAAUACUGGCCGAUCGUCUGGAAGGGAAAUCCAAUGAUCCAGGAACUCAACGAAACAUACAAGAGGUUCGACAAGACGAAAAUCACAAACUAUCUGAGAACCAUCUCUAAUAUGGCCAAGACAGCAGAGUCGCUUCCAAUAGUGACCAUUUUCGUGGACCCAGAGACAGAUCGGAUCAUGGCAUCCCAGUACGAUAAACGGGGGCCGGCCGACAAGAUGAAACACUCAAUCAUGAACUGCAUAGACCAAAUUGCGAGCGACGAGCUAAAGCGCAGAAAACAGGAACCCGAUCCAUCCAAACCAACAAACUAUCUCUGUCUAAACUAUCACGUUUAUACGACCCAUGAGCCUUGCACAAUGUGUGCCAUGGCGCUGUUGCAUUCGCGGAUCAGUCGUCUGGUGUAUUUGAACGAGUCGAAAAAAACGGGAGCCAUUGGCAUCGAAAGUGGAAACGGCCACAUGAUUCAUCUUUCGUGCUCUCUCAACUGGAAAUACGAAAGCUUCAGGUACAUCGGGACUGAUGUGACGGUUCCUGAGGUUGGGGAGAAUAUAAAUAUCUGA